GAUACAUAAUACACCCAACAGGACGUAAACAGCCUAGUGUCGAGCAAUGAAUCGGGUGCGCGCGGGUGUGAGCAGGUGCGCGCAGAUGCGCGCUUGGCGUAGACCCGGCGCACAUUCGUGUGCCAAGGCAUUGUUGUUUUGCGCACGGAGGAUAAAGAGCUCCGGGAAGUCUAUCAGAAGAAAGAAAGAAAGAAAGAACGAACGAACAGAAAUGGCACGCAAAGCGUCACUUUCCUUGCUGGAAGCAGUGGCGAUGGUAACGGAGCCUGGCUGUGACGCCGAGUCCGAUGUGGACACUUUUUAUACAGAUGAAGAGUUGGAUUACCUGGAGGGUCUGGACCCUAUUGAAGAUGCUGAGUCAGAGGAUGUAGUGUUUGACGCCUCUGCACAAUACAAGGACACUUCACUAAAUGAACACCUGCUCACAGGGCCUGACCUCACAAAUACAUUGGUGGGAGUACUCUGUAGGUUCAGGAAGGGUUCAGUUGCUGUAAUGUGUGAUGUGGAACGUAUGUUUCACCAGUUCCAUGUUAGACCACAAGACCAGGACUAUUUACGUUUUCUAUGGUGGGAGUAUGGUGAUAUAAGCACUCCACCCCUCGGUCUUCCGCAUGAAGGUUCACCUUUUUGGUGCAGCCUCAUCACCUGACUGUGCUAACUUUGGCUUAAAACAUCUAGCCACACAAGGUGAAGACAAGUUUGACCCAGGUACUGUUAAGUUCAUUCAAAAGAACUUUUAUGUAGAUGAUGGGCUUGUCAGUAUGAUGUCAG